GGGGCGAGGAAGUGCUAGAACAUUACAUCUCCCACUUUCCCCUCUCCCACCCACCCCAUCUAUGCACCUGCAUCCCUCUUCUACACUUCUCCCCCCACCUGUCUGCUUCUUCCCUCCACUGCUAGGGCAUUGGUAAGUUGCCACGUCAGCAGGCCAUGUCAGCAAUGACACAUCAGCAACAUGUCAGCAGACAGCAGUGCCACAUCAGCAGCCAAACAGUGCCACGUCACCAGCAGAGAGUGCCACAUCAGCAGUUCCCCGGCCUAGUCCAUGCUCACCAGAUCACAAACAGGCGACAUGGACCUGAAGCAAGGGGAAAACGAGGCGGCCUACGAGGGCCGUAUGCUGACUUUGAUGGCAGAAAUCAAGCAGCGGACAGACGUGGCGACAACCGCACGAAAGAAAAAGGAAGAGGAGGCAGAACACCAACAUCAGCUGGCGGAGGAACAACGCCGACAGCACAACGAAGCAGCAGCAAGGGCUGCCAAUGAGGAACCUGGACAAUGGUGUGAGAAGGUAUUCAAGGCGGAAAGAGACUUACUCAAGCUGGCCGAGGAAUGCCGGACCAAGGCAGAAAGCGGCGACAUCACCAACAGCGGGCUCAAGAUCUCGUGUUUGCUGAGCCGUUUCACGGACCUCCUGGCUACUUGCAUAGCACAGCGGGAGGAUAUCCAGUGCCUCAAUGACGCAGUGGAUGACCACAAGAAGACAGUCCAACAGUUGACCAGCCCCAUACAGUUGCUGGAACUACCGUUCGCCGCUCCAAAAGACGGCCCCUCCAGCCUCUCCACUCGCCUCAACGAGAUAGAGGUCGUCAUCGGAACACUCAAGGAGGGCACGCAACAGCUCUCACAGCAGAUCUGCACAGCCACCGCCGCUCCUCCUUCGACAUCUCGCGAUCGCAUACCUAAGUUCGAUGGCAUUCCGAUCUUUUGCAACGCAUCGAAGACCGAGCCAGUUCCAUGGUGGCGCCGAUUCGACCUUGUUUUGGACAUGUACGAGUUAAGUGACCCCAAACGACAUGCUUACGGGGGCGUGUGUCAGGCAUGGCUUGACAAUUUGCUGUCCACGCACAAGGUCACCGUAUCUGAACUGCACAAACAGAUCAGAUGGGCUGAUCUCAAGGCGGCAUGGCACAAGCGGUUCCAAGUGGAACCGCCAGAUGCAAAAUUUCCAUCAGAACACCCCGCCAAAGAACGAGGUCGCGGCAAAUCGAAGACGAACACCUCUUCGAACCAUGCGCCCGGCACAGCAGCUCAAGAACCUUGGAUCCAUUACAGUCUCUCGGAGGGCAUCUACAAGAUUCGCACGAGAUUCAAUAUUGUUUGUGGUGCAACAAUGGCCUUCAUGAAACAGCCAGCUAUACCGCAAAAGCCAAGGGAAAGCCCAAUCCAGGAAAGUGAGCACCGUCAAGAGUGAUGCGACGACACUCUCGACGCCUUUGAAACCGGUUGUCGUGCGAGCAACCUCCCUUAAUUCCGAGGCACACGCGAAAAUCG